GACUUCAAGCAGCUUGCAUUUUGUGCCUCUCAAGUCUUCAUCCAGACUCCAGAACUUGAUUUCCAAAUGAAAUGCUAAAUGUACUUUUAAGUAAUGGGGUAUUUUUGGAAUGGGCCUCUUCCUUGGGGUUUUCUUGCCCACCUCAAUCCUCAAUUUGUAGUAUAAAAUUUCCUGAUCCACACUCCGGCAAAGAAGGGGGCGAUAAUACACCAAUAAGAUGUAUGCCAACCGUCGUUAUAAAGAAGAAGAAUAAGACGAGGACGACAACAGCAGAGUAGAGGGGACAGUUCACGAUCUGCUGCUUCCACACAGAAAUUCAUGAUCAGUGAAACAACAAUCACAAGGUCAGUGAUUUCAACAACAAAUGCUGGAACUUUCCCAUCCGUUUAAAAGUGCAGACAAGCAUCAAACCAUCAGGAAGAAAUGGAAUCUGCAAAGAUUAAAGAGGAACAUGAGAACAUGAGUGAUCCAGAACCCUGCAGAAUGAAACGCAUUGAAGAACAGAGAGACCAGAUGGAAGAGAACGAGAAUAGUGAAGAACUGAAUGAAGUGGAGGAGAAACCUCUGAGUCACUCGAAAACUAAAACUAAAUUUAAGAAAAGAAGACCUGAGAAAUCUUUCACCUGCACUCAGUGUGGAACAAGUUUCAGAUACAAAAACGCUCUUGAGAUUCACAUGAGAAUCCACACGGGAGAAAAGCCACACACGUGUGAUCAAUGUGGAAAGAGUUUCCCAUACAAACAAAGUCUUAAGAUUCACAUGAGAGUUCAUAAUGGAGAGAGACCAUAUGCAUGUGAUAAAUGUGGAAAGAGUUUCCCUUACAGUCGAAGUCUUGUGUUUCACAUGAGAGUUCAUAAUGGAGAGAAGCCGUUCACUUGUGAUCAGUGUGGAAAGAGUUUCAUACAUUCAUCGAACUUUAAACGACACAUGAAGAUCCACACUGGAGAAAAGCCCUUCACUUGUGAUCAAUGCGGUAAAACAUUUCUUAGAGCAUCACAACUGAAGACACACCUGACAGUUCAUAUGAAGGAGAAGCCACAUUCAUGUUCUUCAUGUGGAAAGAGUUUUUCACAGCUGGAGGGUUUAAAAUCUCAUCAGAAAUUACAUGACGCUGUGAAAGAUAAUGUGUGCUUUGCAUGUGGGAAGACUUUUGCUUCAGUGAAUGUUUUAAAACGGCACCAGAGGAUUCACACUGGAGAAAAACCUUACAAGUGUUCACACUGUGACAAGAUAUUUCGUUGGUCAGUAGAUCUGCAAAGACAUGAGUGGAUCCACACUGGAGAGAUGCCAUACACAUGUGAUCAGUGCGGGAAGAGUUUCACACGCAAACUAAGUUUUAGAGUUCACAUGAGGAUCCACACGGGAGAGAAGCCGUACACAUGUGAUCAGUGUGGAAAGUGUUUCACGUGUUUAACAAACCUUAAAGGACACAUGAAAAUUCACACUGGAGAAAAGCCACAUGCAUGUGAUCAAUGCGGCAAAACAUUUCUUGUUUCAUCAGCCCUGAAGAAACACCUGACAGUUCAUAUGAAGGAAAAACCAUAUUCAUGUUCUUCAUGUGGAAAACGUUUUUCAUGGAGGCAAAGUUUAAAAUCCCAUCAGAAAUUACAUAAUCCUGUGAGGGAUCAUGUAUGUUUUCAUUGUGGGAAGACUUUUGCUUUGGUGAAUCUUUUAAAAUUGCACCAGAGGUAUCACACCGGAGAAAAACCUUACAAGUGUUCACACUGUGACAAGAGAUUUAGUUGGUCAGUAGAUAUGAAAAGACAUGAGAGGAUCCACACUGGAGAGAAACCGCACACAUGUAAUCAGUGUGGGAAGAGCUUUACACGCAAACAAAGUCUUAGAGCACACAUGAGGAUCACACCAUCAUUGAUUUCAACAAUAGAUGCUGGAAUUUCCCCAUCAGUUUACAAGUGCAAACAAGCAUCAAACCAUCAGGAAGAAGAGAAAUCUGCAAAGACUGUAUUUAUUAAAGAGGAAAGUGAGAACAUGAGUGAUCCAGAACCCUGCAGAAUGAAAGACAUGGAAGAAGACCCGAUGGAAGAGAAGAGUGAAGAAAUGAAUGAAGUGGAGGAGAAACCUCAUGUUAAACCUGAAGAGAAACCUCUGAGUCACUCAAAAACUGAAACUAAAUUUAAGAAAAGAAGACCUGAGAAAUCUUUCACCUGCACUCAAUGUGGAACUAGUUUCAGAUACAAAAAUGCUCUUGAGAUUCACAUGAGAAUCCACACGGGAGAAAAGCCACACACGUGUGAUCAAUGUGGAAAGAGUUUCCCAUACAAACAAAGUCUUAAGAUUCACAUGAGAGUUCAUACUGGAGAGAGACCAUAUGCAUGUGAUAAAUGUGGAAAGAGUUUCCCUUACAGUCGAAGUCUUGUGUUUCACAUGAGAGUUCAUAAUGGAGAGAAGCCGUUCACUUGUGAUCAGUGUGGAAAGAGUUUCAUAAAUUCAUCAAACUAUAAAAGACACAUAAAGAUCCACACUGGAGAAAAGCCCUUCACGUGUGAUCAGUGUGGCAAAACAUUUCUUAGAGCAUCACAACUGAAGACACACCUGACAGUUCAUAUGAAGGAGAAGCCACAUUUAUGUUCUUCAUGUGGAAAGAGUUUUUCACAGCUGGAGGGUUUAAAAUCUCAUCAGAAAUUACAUGAAGCUGUGAAAGAUUAUGUGUGCUUUGCAUGUGGGAAGACUUUCGCUUCAGUGAAUGUUUUAAAACGGCACCAGAGGAUUCACACUGGAGAAAAACCUUACAAGUGUUCACACUGUGACAAGAUAUUUCGUUGGUCAGUAGAUCUGCAAAGACAUGAGUGGAUCCACACUGGAGAGAUGCCAUACACAUGUGAUCAGUGCGGGAAGAGUUUCACACGCAAACUAAGUUUUAGAGUUCACAUGAGGAUCCACACGGGAGAGAAGCCGUACACAUGUGAUCAGUGUGGAAAGAGUUUUACGUGUUUAUCAAACCUUAAAGGACACAUGAAAAUUCACACUGGAGAAAAGCCACAUGCAUGUGAUCAAUGCGGCAAAACAUUUCUUGCUUCAUCAGCCCUGAAGAAACACCUGACAGUUCAUACUAAGGAGAAGAGUUUUACACACAAACAAAGUCUUGGAGCACCAAUAAAUGUUGGAAUUUCUCCUUCAGUUUACAAGUGCAAACAAGAAUCAAACCAUCAGGAAGAAGAAAAAUUAGCAAGGACUGAAUUUAUUAAAGAGGAAAGUGAGAACAUGAGUGAUCCAGAACCAAGCAGAAUGAAACACAUGGAAGAACAGAGAGACCUGAUGGAAGCGAACGAGAUGAGUGAAGUGGAGGAGAAACCUCAUGUCAAACCUGAGAAAUCUUUCACCUGCACUCAGUGUGGAACGAGUUUCAGAUACAAAAACGCUCUUGAGAUUCACAUGAGAAUCCACACGGGAGAAAAGCCACACACGUGUGAUCAAUGUGGAAAAAGUUUCCAAUACAAACAAAGUCUUAAGAUUCACAUGAGAGUUCAUACUGGAGAGAGACCAUAUGCAUGUGAUAAAUGUGGAAAGAGUUUCCAUUACAGUCGAAGUCUUGUGUUCCACAUGAGUGUUCAUACUGGAGAGAAGCAGUUCACUUGUGAUCAGUGUGGAAAGAGUUUCAUACAUUCAACAAACUUUAAACGACACAUGAAGAUCCACACUGGAGAGAAGCCCUUCGCUUGUGAUCAGUGUGGCAAAACAUUUCUUAGAGCAUCACAAUUGAAGACACACCUGACAGUUCAUAUAAAGAAGCCACAUUCAUGUUCUUCAUGUGGAAAGAGUUUUUCACAGCUGGAGGGUUUAAAAUCUCAUCAGAAAUUACAUGACGCUGUGAAAGAUAAUGUGUGCUUUACAUGUGGGAAGACUUUUGCUUUGGUGAAUCUAUUAAAACGGCACCAGAGGAUUCACACUGGAGAAAAACCUUACAAGUGUUCACACUGUGACAAGAUAUUUUGUUGGUCAGUAGAUCUGAAAAGACACGAGACGUUCCACACUGGAGAGAUGCCAUACACAUGUGAUCAGUGCGGGAAGAGCUUCAUGCGCAAACAAAGUUUUAGAAUCCACAUGAGGAUCCACACGGGAGAGAAGCCGUACACAUGUGAUCAAUGUGGAAAGAGUUUCUCAUUAAAGCAAAGUUUUGAUGUUCACAUUAGAGUCCACAGUGGAGAAAAGCCGUACGCAUGUGAUCAGUGUGGCAAAACAUUUCUUGAUUCGUCAACCCUGAAAAAACACCUGACAGUUCAUUUGAAAGAGAAGCCUUAUUCAUGCUCUUUAUGUGAAAAAAGUUUUACACGGCUGGAUGGUUUAAAAUCCCAUCAGAAAUUACAUGACGGGGUGAGAGAUUAUGUGUGCUUUGCGUGUGGGAAGACUUUUGUUGCAGUGAAUCUUUUAAAACGGCACCAGAGGAUUCACACUGGAGAAAAACCUUACAAGUGUUCACACUGUGACAAGAUAUUUCGUUGGUCAGUAGAUCUCAAAAGACAUGAGCAGAUCCACACUGGAGAGAAACCGCACACGUGUGAUCAGUGCGGGAAGAGCUUCACACGCAAACAAAGUCUUAGAGCACACAUGAUGAUCCACACGGGAGAGAAGCCGUACACAUGUGAUCAGUGCGGGAAGAGCUUCACACGCAAACAAAGUUUUGAUGCUCACAUGAGAAAACACAAUGGAGAAAAUCGGUACGCAUGUGAUCAAUGUGGUAAAACAUUUCUUGUAUCAUCAUCCCUGAAGAGACACCUGACAGUUCAUACACAAGAGAAGCCGCUUUCACUUUCUUAAUGUGGAAGUUGCAAAGUUUAAAAUCACAAACACUGUUGUAAGAGCUCAAAUUCGCAUUAAGUGUAGGAAGACUUUCUUUGCCAGUCAAUUUAAAAUGGUACCAAAGGAUUCACACUGGAGAAAAUUUUUCAAACGGUUCACACUGCACCAAGAGAUUCUGAAGCUACACAUGAGGAUUCAUACAAUAAAGAAACCAGACUAUGGUUAUCUGUGCA